UGACCAAUAGAAAAAUUGAUUGGCAACUUAUGCAACCUUCUAUCCAAUAGAAUCGCAGAUAAGGCGGGGCCUAAAGAUCACACUUGGUUGAAUGGAAAUACAAAGACAAGUAGCACCAAAACGAAGGAUAACGCUUAAUCAAUUCUGUGUGCGCUUCGGUUUUGUUCAUCUGCAGGGAAAGGACGCGCAGCUCCAUCCGGCACUGUCAAUACGCAGCUCCGCGCGAGCAGGGCGGAUUCGACGCUCCUGUGGCGUGACAACUCAUCUUCUCAUCUAGACGCCAGCGCUGGUGAUAUUGCUGCUACUGCAGCAGGAGCGUUGGAGAUACCUAUCUGCACAGCACGGAUGAAGACUCCUUCACCAAAGGACACUUGUGAGGUCAUCUUGUGGUGACGCAACUGGCCAUGCAGGAGCGUUGGAAAGCUCAGGUUUUCACAGCAAUCAUGAUAAUCAUCUAGUGGGCGACCUCUUAUUCACAGGUGCACAGCUUGCGUGGAUCAAUGCAUAGGCUACUCACCAUGGAGUCGUGCUCUGCACUUCUAGCUCAGACCAAACCACACUUUUGCGGACACUAUUUGCUCCUGUCAUGAAACCGUGGAGAUCUAGCGUGAUGGGCGUAGGGUCAGUUCUCAUUAAUCUUGACUAAAUAACGCAGUUUUAAGGAGUGUGCGAAUUAUUCAGUGACUUAAUGGUGGGCAGACUAUUUUGUUUGUUAGCUUCCGUUUAUCGACGAUACGCGCUCUGACUAACUUGUAUAAUAACUCUUAACAGUGCUGAAACGACUAACUUAUAUAACUCUUAACAGUGCUGAAACGACUAACUUAUAUAACUCUUAACAGUGCUGAAACGUUUCAAACAUAUAUACAGGUCUACUUACCUACAUAUACUGUAUAAUUGUGUAUAAGUCUUAAUUAGGGGGUUGAAUCGCUAAAAUGCCCCCUAGUAAUUUGCACCCAGGGGUGGUUUGUGCAUUAGUGCAUUAGUAUCUAUGAAUGGAAACGGGGCGCACAAUUACUCCCUCUGCGUUUACCUCCUCUAAGGCUCUAGCCACCCGAGGAUGUGUCCCAAACGACUACUUUGUAUAUUUAAUCAUUUAAAGUCCUCUGUGAUGUAAAAGCGAGCGGAUUGACUUGCAGAAUGUGUUUCUCUCUCAGAGAGUUUGACUAGAACGACUGUAGCCUACCCACUUUACAUUGGUCCUAAUUUAUAAAAGCAGUAUGCAAAAUGCUGCUUUUAUAAAUUACAAAAUGGACCACUUUUACUAGUUCUUUUUUCAAUGAGAUGCACGUCUAUAUAUAUCACGCACACAUCAUUUUGGUUUGGGCUACUUUUUAUUUUAAAUCACCAGCUAACUGCAAAGUUGUGUCUUAAAUGGGCAAAUGACUUUAAUAUAGGCUGUGUUCCCCCAAAGUAACCCCCUCUUUAGUGUAAGAACAAUUUAUUUGGGAUCACAUACACAUGAUUGACAAGUGUAAUAGCCUAUACAGUGUGCGAAUAAUUUAAAUCUGUCACCAAUCUGUUUCGGUUCGUUUCGCGUAACCCAUUUUGGUGUCUCUUGCACAAAAACAAAACGCUAACGGCUUUAUUAUACAUUUGUGUCGUUGCACCUAUAGUAACUUAAUAAAUAAUAACAGUAGUUAUGUAUCGUUCAAUACAAACAGCUGUUAAGCAGCUGUUGCUAUGGUUUCCUCCUCAAGCAAAUGCAGUUUCUGUUCGCGAGUGUAGGCUGUAGAUUUAGCGCACUCCGACUAACUUGCGCGGCUACUGAAACGUUAUUUGAAAACGUAUAUAUGUUUAUGUAAAAACAAAACAAACUCGUAAGACCUCCGAAUUUUUCUUUGUUUAUUAGGAAGUAAAAACCCCCAUAAUUCGCACUCUGAAGUCAUUUAUUGCAUGUAGUACUCGAGAUCAUGUCCAGAUCUAACAGCGUGAGCCCACCCGGCGCUGGCGCUCCUGGACUGAGGGGAGGGACGGAGCACAGAUCCGCUUGGGGCGAGUCUGAGUCCGUGGCGAACGGAUGUCCAUACUCGGCCAGAUCCUCCUGCAAAAAGCUCAUACGGUCCAACAGCCGGUGGAGAGAGGACGAUGACUUCGAGCGACAACCGGGCCGAGCCACGACCACCGUCAGCCGGGUUAGUUUCAGAUCCAAGUCUGCCUGGCAAGAACACGGGGAGGAGAGCCGCAACAAUAACAGAUCUUCCCCGAGGUACCGAGAUGGAGAAGUGAGACCCAAGUCCGUGGAGCUGGGUUUGGAGGACAGGAGAACCAAAUCCAAACCAGAGGAAGAGCUCAUGCCUGAAGUGAACUUUUCCAUGAGCGCGUGCUGCAACGGCGUGAUGCAGAUUUUCAAAUCCAAGAAGUUCCAGUCGGAGAAGUUGGAGAGGCUUUACCAGCGCUACUUCUUCCGACUCAACCAGAGCAGCUUGACGAUGCUCAUGGCCGUCUUGGUGCUGGUGUGCGCGGUGAUGCUGGGGUUCCACUGCACUGGAGUAGUGUGUCGGGUCACUUACGUGGUGGUUUUCUCCACGGCAAUCUUGCUCAUCCUCACGCUGAUGGUCGUGUGCAACAGGAACGGCUUCCAUCAGGAUCACAUGUGGAUAGUUUGCUAUGUGCUCAUUUUGGUGGUGCUGACUGUACAGGUGAUCGGUUUGCUGCUUGUGGAGCCGCGCAGCGCGUCUGAAGGCAUCUGGUGGACCGUGUUUUUCAUCCAUGUCAUUUACACACUUCUGCCGGUGAGGAUGAGAGCAGCGGUCAUCACUGGAAUAAUACUGUCUGCCAUACAUGUGCUGGUCUCAUGGAAGUUAAACGAAAUGGACAUCUUUUUGUGGAAACAGCUUGUGUCCAAUGUCCUGAUCUUCUCCUGCACUAAUAUAGUUGGCGUGUGCACACACUACCCAGCAGAAGGCUCACAAAGGCAAGCCUUCCAGGAGACCAGAGAAUGUAUUCAAGCCCGUCUGCACUCUCAGAGAGAAAACCAGCAACAGGAACGCCUCCUCCUCUCUGUGCUUCCUCGACAUGUCGCCAUGGAGAUGAAAGCCGACAUAAAUGCCAAACAAGAAGAUAUGAUGUUCCACAAGAUCUAUAUUCAAAAGCAUGACAAUGUGAGUAUCCUCUUUGCCGACAUCGAGGGCUUCACCAGUCUGGCUUCCCAGUGCACGGCCCAGGAGUUAGUGAUGACCCUCAACGAGCUCUUUGCACGAUUCGACAAACUGGCCGCCGAGAAUCACUGUCUGCGGAUUAAGAUCCUGGGCGACUGCUACUACUGCGUGUCCGGGCUGCCCGAGGCCCGUGCCGACCAUGCGCACUGCUGCGUGGAGAUGGGUGUAGACAUGAUCGAAGCAAUCUCGUUGGUGAGGGAAGUCACCGGCGUCAACGUUAACAUGCGUGUGGGUAUACACAGCGGGCGAGUCCACUGUGGGGUGCUGGGAUUAAGGAAGUGGCAGUUUGAUGUCUGGUCCAAUGAUGUCACCUUGGCCAAUCACAUGGAAGCUGGGGGCAAAGCAGGGCGUAUUCAUAUCACCAAGGCCACCCUGAACUAUCUGAAUGGUGAUUAUGAUGUAGAACCUGGAUUUGGUGGAGAAAGAAACGUCUAUCUCAAGAAGCACAACAUUGAAACCUACCUCAUAGUGGGCUGCAGUCAGAAGCGGACAGAAGAAAAGGCAAUGAUUGCUAAGAUGAACCGUACCAACUCUGUCACGCAUAAUAGCACUCACUGGACAGACCGACCCUUCUACAAUCACCUGGGUGGCAAUCAGGUUUCCAAGGAGAUGAAGAGGAUGGGAUUUGAGGAUCCCAAAGACAAACAUUUCAUUUUCAGAAACGCACAAGAAAACCUGAACCCUGAGGAUGAGGUGGACGAGUUUUUGGGCCGUGCCAUUGACGCUCGAAGCAUCGACCGAUUACGGUCCGAACAUGUCAAGAAAUUUCUGCUGACGUUCCGAGAACCUGACCUGGAGAAGAAGUACUCCAAACAGGUAGACGACAGGUUUGGAGCAUACGUAGCCUGCGCUUCCCUCGUCUUUUUAUUCAUCUGCUUCAUUCAAAUCGUCAUUGUGCCACACUCUGGGUUGAUGGUUGGCUUCUAUAUGUUGUGCCUCGUCCUCCUGAUGACCGUCAUGUUCAUCUCAGCCAUUUACUCCUGUUUUGGGUUUUUCCCUGUGCCUCUGCAAACUCUGUCAAAAAGGAUUGUUCAGUCCAGACUCAACAGCACCCUGGUGGGGGUUUUUACAAUCGUCCUGGUCUUUCUCUCCGCUUUCAUUAACAUUUUCACCUGCAGUACGGAUGACCUGAAGACAUGUUUAGGGCAGGAGUUUAACAUCAGCCCCAGUGAUGUGAAUGCUUGCCAUGUCGGCAGCUCUUCCUUCAACUACACUCUCUGGUCUCAGGACAGCCUCUGCAACAGCUUGUCACCUGCCUGCAAUUUCCCAGAGUAUUUCUCGUCAUGUGUGCUGCUCAGUUUACUGGCCUGCUCAGUGUUCCUACAGAUCAGCAGUAUUGGUAAACUCUUCCUCAUGCUCUUCAUUGAGAUCCUGUACGUGCUUAUCAUGGAGGUGCCUGAGGUCAGCCUUUUUGACAACGUGGACCUGCUGGUCAUGGCCAAUGCCAUAGAGUAUAUUAAUGGAACAAGCUGUGCGAUAGACACCCGGGUUCCUCUAAAGAUCAUGACUCCAGUUGUCAUCACAGUUUUUGUGCUGGCUCUCUACCUUCAUGCACAGCAGGUGGAGUCUACAGCCAGACUAGACUUCCUCUGGAAGUUACAGGCCACAGAGGAGAAAGAGGAGAUGGAAGAACUUCAGGCCUACAACCGUCGGCUUCUCCACAACAUCUUGCCCAAAGAUGUAGCCGCACACUUUCUGGCGCGCGAGCGGCGGAAUGACGAGCUGUAUUAUCAGUCGUGUGAAUGUGUGGCUGUCAUGUUUGCCUCUAUCAGCAAUUUCUCUGAGUUCUACGUGGAACUGGAGGCCAAUAAUGAAGGUGUGGAGUGCUUGAGACUACUCAACGAGAUCAUCGCUGACUUUGAUGAGAUCAUUAGUGAGGAUCAGUUUCGUCAACUAGAAAAGAUCAAAACCAUUGGCAGCACCUACAUGGCCGCAUCUGGGCUUAAUGACUCCACUUAUGAUAAAACAGGAAGGUCACACAUUCGUGCUCUUGCCGACUACGCUAUGCGCCUCAUGGACCAGAUGAAGUACAUCAAUGAACACUCUUUCAAUAACUUCAAAAUGAAGAUCGGUCUCAAUAUAGGUCCCGUCGUGGCUGGUGUCAUAGGGGCUCGUAAACCGCAAUAUGACAUAUGGGGGAAUACUGUGAAUGUAGCCAGCCGUAUGGACAGCACUGGGGUACCUGAGAGAAUACAGGUCACAACUGACCUCUACCAGGUUCUCAGCUCCUAUAACUACACACUGGAGUGCAGAGGCGUUGUGAAAGUCAAGGGCAAAGGAGAAAUGACAACCUACUUCCUAAAUGGAGGACCCAACAGCAGUUAACACUCAACGUCUAAUAUUCAGAACAUUUUUUAGAUAAUACGAGGACGAGACGCUGUGGGCCGGGCCUGCCAGGCUGUAGAAGGGCAUCCUCUUGGACCAAUCACAAUAGGAUUUGUUCGGAAACAGCCCUCAGCCAGUCUAAGAGUGGCCUCUUUGCACACUGAGACUUCCUAUAGGAUUAACAGAGGGCUUUGGCCCCUUUAUUUAAGGCAUGGAACAGCUCAGAAAGACGGUUCAUCCUCAGAGACCAAAGAAACAAAGGAAUCUCAAGGCAUAUACAAAGCAGUUCUCCCAGUCUUAUAUUGCCAAGAGAGGACAGAUGAACUGCAUUCUCUGCACCUGGCUUUGGCGCUCUCAGGUGUGGCUGGACUGCGAUCAUACACCACCGAGUGGUCCUGGUGGCUCCAUAACAACUGCAUGAACACUGAAGCCAAUAUACCUGUAAAACACAUGUUUUAUGUGUAUAUGAUUCAUCAGUGUAUGUAAAGAGUUCUGUUCAUAUGGUCUUGUCGCGUUCAACACUGUCUAGGUGAUAUCACAGUAUAGAGAUAUCACAAUGAGCUAAUAUAUGGUAGAAGGCCGUAGUGAGCACAGCAGCUCUGCAAACCCUUUAUGGUUUCCUGAACUUUGCUGCAGCGACUGUGGUUGUUACUGGUAAGGGAGCAGGCAUUGACAGUGUUACCUCUGAAUGAUCUAGAGUUGAGAAUUAAGCCCCGUUCAUGCCGCCGCCGACUUGAAAUGACCCAAAGUCAUUCAUUUUCAUUGUUGGGAUUUGCUCAGGUCCAAUCUGAUGGAGCAUAUCAAUCUGUCUUCAGUCAGAAACUUUAGUCAAGAAUCAUUUAGACUAAAUUUUGUCCUUACAGUCAGCAAUUUAUGUCUUUAAUCAUGUGCAGGGUCAGUAUUUAAAAAACGAUACAUAUGACAAUUAAAUGUAUGUGGACCCAAAUAGGCCAGCGUUUAUGCUUUCGGCACAGAUAAAUUGACCACCCAGAUUGACAAAGAGCACGCACUGACUCUUGUUCAUCUUUAAUAUGAUGCUUAAUGCACUGUUUUCAACUUAAAUACAAAAAUACAUUUUCUUCCAGAAUGUUCAUUUUAGCAGUGUAAACUAGUUUGUUGUCAAUAAGAAAUGAGACUAAACAAGUAACCAACCAGUAUGGUGGAUGGCGUGACAUGCAAGUCGCUAGCGGCAUGAAUAGGGCAUGUGACUGUCUGUUCCAAACACAAAUUUACAUUCUCAAAACUACAGACACUUGUAUACACUGAAGACACUUUUAAGGACAGAGGAAAACGGUCAAAUAUGGCUGUUUUGUAUUUUUAACAUUUUAUAUUUUGACUCCAAACGCCAAAUUGUCAAUGCUAUUUUAGAUUAUAUAUUUUAUACAUUAAUGUAUUAGAAUGCUGUCUAUAAAUACACACACACACAUAUAUAUAUAUAUAUAUACAUACAUACACACACACAUACACACACAUAAUAGAACACUACAAUCCUGCACAUUUGAACAGGAGGGAGAGGUUUUUAAGUGUAAAUUAUCAGUCACCCUUUUCUGUCGCUGCAUCAGUUUGGAUAAAAUCAGUAGCUAGCCUUGUAACCAAGUAAGCAUAAUAUGUUUGGCCUUUCUCCAAAAGGGGUUUCUGUAUCCUGUCAAGUACACUACAAUGUAAUUAUGAGUAGAAAAUGGAUUUGCAGGAGGCGAAAUGAGUGUUUCAGAACAGCCACAGUCGUUUAAAGCUUGGCAAACACAUCUGCAAAUAUUGAUUUUAGCCUUGCGUUUAUAGUGCGUGGGACAACGAGUUGGGAUCCUCUAGGAAUGAUUCCGUUAUGCCACAAAUCUUCACCAUUUUUGCACUGCAGCUCGACCAGCAGUUGCUUCUCUCUCUCAGUUCAGUCUGAUGGUACGACCCAAUGAAUGUCCAUUUUCUCCAAUGAGGCCUUUGUAUGUAAGAAUUGGAGUGUGUACACAAACUGGGUACAAGCAACUUUCCCCCCGCUUUACCUAUUUCAGAUACAGUCAAGUAGGAUUAUGAUAUACAUCAAUGUGUUGGAAAAUAAAUCAGCAUUUUCUGAAACGUGUUAUGAAACAGUCAAUUAUAUUUGGUCCUGUUCUAGCUUCUCAAAACUUGGACCCAGCUGGGCUUCCCGAGUCAUUAGGUCUUUAUUUUCCUCAAGAAAAUGACUGCCAAAAAAAUGAUAAAACCUCUGGUUGAAUGUUUUAGUAUUUAGUGUUAUCAUGGCACGUGUAUGGCUAGACAACGCAGCUGCCAUAUGAAUUCCUGAAGUGAAGUGUGUAUUUUCUGCGCCACCAAAUGGGAUUGGACACUCCCUUCACGCCAUUGGUCAGACGAUAAUCUAGCCCCGCCCCAAAUUCACGCCAUUGGUUGAGCCAGUGUUGCGGCUGGUCAGGAUUCUCAAACACUAAAGUUUUGACGGCGCCACUGAGACGGUUUUACUUUCAUCGCGGGAUUUAGUUUAUAAAUGGCUUACAAGUAGGUAUCUGCAUAUUUAACUGGGAGGAGAAAGUAUCUAAACAUUAAAAUGACACACUUCAGUUUUAAUUCACUUCCUUGUGUUUGUUAUCCAAACGAAAGCACUUGAGGUAAGAGAUGUGAAGUAACGUUAAAUACCACAUUAUGUCCUGCUGAAUUCUGGCAUUUGCUAUUCCAGUGGAGCUUCAUCUUGGGUUGUCUUUGCUUAUCUGCCAUGCCAAAACUCAAUGCUGUUUUAUACAUCCAAAUAAACUAUUAUAAUAGUAAAC